AUGAGUGCUGUGAAGAAUGGGAUUGUUGAGAUUGUUGUUGAGAUGCUAAAAGCGGAUCUCGAGCUUCAAUGGGAGACCAAUGAAAAUUACAGAAAUAUAUUUAUGCUUGCCAUUCUGCAUCGUCGGUCUGAAAUCUUUAACAUUAUAUUUAGGCUUCACUUGAAGAAAGCCCUGAUCAAUCUUAAAGAUGAGAAUCAGAACUGCAUGUUACAUAUGUCCGGGAUGUUUGGAGAUUCUACAGUGCUUGAUCGCAUACCAGGUGCAGCAUUGCAGAUGCAAAGAGAACUACAGUGGUUUAAGGAGUUAGAGAGUAUUGUCCCUCGUACGCUAACUGAAGCUACCAACAAGGAUGGUUUGACUCCCCGACAAUUGUUUAAGAAGAAUCACAUGGAGUUGAAGAAAGAGGGAGAGAGGUGGAUGAAGGACACAUCGACGUCCUGUACGGUGGUCGGUGCACUCAUUAUUACAAUCAUGUUUGCUGCAGCGAUUACCUUCCCAGGGGGGAUUGACCAAAACACAGGAUUACCAUUGCUCUUAAAUGAUGAGUUGUUUAAGCUCUUUAUAAUUUCCGAUGCGUUUUCCCUAUUUUCUGCAACAACUUCAGUUUUGAUGUUUUUGGGAAUCCUCACAUCACGUUAUGCAGAAGACGAUUUCCUCAAGUCUUUACCAAAAAAGAUGAUAAUAGGUCUUUCCACUCUUUUCCUCUCACUUGUGGCCAUGAUGACAUCCUUUUCAGCUAUUCUUCUAAUUAUGCUACGUGGACACCCGUUUCGUGGAACAACGUGGAUUAUUAUUGCAGCUAUUUGUUUGGCGAGUAUUCCAGUCACCCUCUUCGUAUUAAUCCAGUUCCCGCUUCUUGUAGAAAUGUUCGUUUCAACUUACCUUCGAAGCAUCUUUGACAGGAAGUCGAAGCAUGGUUUUAACUAG